CAAAAGUGUUUUGAAAUGGUUGAGGGAUUUAGUGUCAAAAACAAGAAUUGGGUCCUAGAUAUGUAUAAAAAGAGACAUUCAUGGGCAACUGCACAUAUAAGAGGGAAGUUUUUUGCUGGUUUUCGGACUACUUCUCGGUGCGAGGGAUUAAACUCGAUCAUUGCAAAGUAUGUCAACUCAAGGUACAAUCUGGUUGAGUUCAUUCAACACUUUAAUCGUUGUGUCGACCAUAUAAGGUGGAAAGAGGUCCAGGAUGACCUCGCCUCUGUGAAUGGGAGACCCAGUAUGCAAACCUAUUUUCAACAGUUAGAGAGGAGUGCUGCCAAUGUUUACACCCUAUCAAUAUUUCAUAUGUUCCAACCAAUCCUUGUACGGGCUGCAUCAAUGAAGGUAAUAAAUAUGAGGCAAACUGGCUCUUAUGUGAUUUACUCUGUCGGUUUGGACCAAACGCCAAAUGAGAUGUGGCGUGUAUUCUGUUGUGACAUUGAGAUGGAAUUCAAUUGUUCAUGUAUGAGAAUGGAAUCGCUAGGCAUACCUUGUGAACACAUAGUUUGCGUCUUGGUGCAUGAAGAUAUAGAGGAGUUGCCAAGGUCAUUAGUGUUGCCUCGGUGGACCAAGACUGCCAAAGUGGGUUUGCAAAAUGCGGUCGGGCUUCAUUGGGAUUCUUUGAUGCUAAGUCAGUACGGUUGUUUGAUGGAUUGGUUUAGACAACUAGCCAACUUUGCUUGCCGAGAUAACGAGAGAUUUAUCUUUACACAGGAAAUGGCUAUGAAUUUGUUGAAACAAUUUAAGGAGGAAUAUGCUGCACAAAAAGGGGGGGUCAAUGAUGCAGAUAAUGUAAGAGAUGGUGUGCAAGUGGAUGCUUCUGGAGCUGGGCUCGCAACCAAUGAUCUCGGACAUAGCAUGCCAAGGGACCCAAGAAAAUGUAAGACAAAAAGGGGGGCUUCACAGUCCAAUAAAAGAAAACAUCGAUGUGGACAGUGUGGCAUGGAGGGCCACAAUCGAACAACUUGUCAUGUUCGUCGUGGCAUCUCACAGUCAGAAGGCCUUGGAAAUGACACAUUUGAUAAUGACUCGGAUGACCACAUGAACAUUGAAGAUGACUCAUUGGUAUAUGAUGAGAGUGCUUCCUACAGUAGCAAUGAGGUGCUGUAAUAAGGUAUGGUUAAUGCUUU